UCCAGGCACUAACACCUCUUCAAAUAUAUCCACUCACAUCCACUGAAACCCUAUAUAAACAGUCUUAUCACACCUCACGUCCAAAACGUCAGGGGUAGAAACCAAAUACCAGAAUCAGAGCUCAUCCAUAGUCCUUUUCACAUUUCAGCUACCUUUUAGCUUUGUUAACUAGUUUGUAAAACAUGGACCUGAUGACCCCCCUGAGGAAUAUGGGCGUCGACAUCAACCUGAUGGACGCCCUCCACGACCUUUUGGACUUCUCCGACGAGAACAACCAGGCUAGCCACCAGGCGCCGUCUCGCCAAUACGUCCGGGAAGCCAAGGCCAUGUCAGCUACUCCAGCGGACGUGAAGGAGACUCCGAAUGCCUUCAUCUUUGUGAUCGACGUUCCGGGACUGAAGCCGGACCAGAUCAAAGUUCAGCUGGAAGACGAAAACGUUUUGGUGGUGAGCGGCGUGAGGAAGAGGGAGAAGGAGAGGGACCAGGGAGUGAGGUACCUGAGGAUGGAGAGGAGGCUCGGUAAGUAUCUCAAGAAGUUUGUGCUGCCGGAGAAUGCUGAAACAGAAAAGAUCAGUGCCGUGUGUCAGGAUGGGGUCUUGACUGUGGUAGUGGAUAAAAAACCGCCGCCAGAGCCGAAGAAGCGCAAGACCGUUGAGGUGAGGGUUGUCAGCACCCAAGAAGGUCAAGGUGGCCAGUUGGGCCAAGAAGGUCAAAGUGCAGAUCAAGGAGGUCUAGGUGGUGUUCAAGGCGGCGAAGGCGGCGGACAGGAACCAUGA